AUGGCUCUAGACAAUCAGUAUAAAUUGUUUCACGUGUCCAAAACCGAGGACAUUCUCGCAUCCGCACAGCGCUAUAAAAAUCUGCGUCUCCGAGCCCUACAACUCUCGCCCUCGUCAUUCGCAUCCACAUACGAAACAGAAGCCACCUUCAACGACGAAUACUGGGUUUCUGACCUUCUCCAAGAUGGCAAGGAGACGUUCAUCUGCGCCGCGACUACGCCGUCGGAAACGAAUCCCGAUUCUCUCGAAUGGGUGGCCCAAGUAACAUUCUCUGGCCCGAAAAGCAGAGAAAACUUCACACUACCACCAGAGUCAGGGCAGCCGGAUCCUGCCUCGGACGAAGAGGAGGAACGAUGGCAGAUGCUGGGCCUGUUCACACUUCCUGCGCAUCAGGGAAAGGGCAUCGCCAAAGCUCUGUACAGAGCUGGUUUGGAUUACGUCAUGUCUUAUCGAUCUCACCCCCCGAAUGUUCGUGUGCGCUUGAUGGUCAAACCCGGAUUACAUGAUGUCUGGAGAAUGUAUAAGAAUCUCGGGUUUCAAGACGCAGGGAGGGGCACUUUGGCGGAAGCUUUCAAGGCGAAUGGUAUGGAGGAUCAUCUGCCCGAAGGGUUUGAAAGCAACGAGGCUUUCUGUGCUCGGACAUCGUAUAUUAUGAUGCAAGUCUUCCCAAGAAUUAGAAAUUAA